AUAGCCUAACCUUCGAUAAACCGGUUAGCAAACAGUGGUGACGAAUUUUAUGACUAUGGAAGUGUUCCAUUACUGAGGUAAUCGUUUCAAAUAAGACAGUAUUUUGAUCUGUGUGUUCAUUUGACAAGUGACUGUACCGACCGUGCGUCCCGGUGUCGGCUCUGUCCCAGGUGCUGAAAGCGCUGGUGGUGCGUUUCCGUAGCAACCAACGACCAAGUUUAGGCUACACCGCCAACACCGAUUUCUUAUGAGAACAGGAAACGCCGAGUGGUGGAGGAAAGGAGCCCAGUGCGGUGAAUGUUAAGCAACUCUCCGCCACAGACCGAGGUGUGGAUCCCGUUAACGCGAAUAAAUGGGAUAUUCGGUUGCCCGGGCAGGAUGUAAAACAUCUUUUGAAGGAUGGGGAAACAAAGCUUCUCUGCGGCGACACUACCACUGCUCGUUCUGGGUUGGCUCACGGUAUCCGUUACCGCUGGUGACUCAACUCUGUCGGCUCCUGUCAAUGUGACGAUCAGGGAGCUGGAGGCGAACACAGCCAUAGUCACAUGGGAGAUACUGGAGGGAGAUCCCGUCAUCGGAUUCGCCGUCACACAACAGAAGAAGGAUGUGCGCAUGCUGCGGUACAUCCAGGAAGUAAACACGACCACGCGCUCCUGUGCAUUAUGGGACUUGGAGGAGGACACGGAGUACAUUGUUCAUGUCCAGAGCAUCAGCAUGGGAGGCAGUAGUCCUCCCAGUGACCCGGUCAGCUUCAGAACUCCCAGAGAGUCUGAGAAACUGGCCUCCACAGGCCCAGACGAGGUGAACAGGGAGGAGAUGGAACAGGCAGUGCAGCUCAGAGUUGGAGAGCUCAUCAUCAUCGUAGUGGUGCUCGUCAUGUGGGCAGGUGUGAUCCUCCUGUUCUGUCGUCAGUAUGACAUCAUCAAAGACAACGAGCCCAACAACAACAAGGACAAAGCCAAGACCUCGUCAGAGUGCAGUACUCCAGAACACCCACAGGGGGGGCUACUGCGCAGCAACGUCUGAAAACAGCCCCCACUGGCCACUCACCUAUAUGGCAAUAACCUCCAAUCCUAUUCCUCAGGACAGGUGAGGCUACACAGCCAACCAGAACCGUCAUACCUGAGGCUGCAUCCUGAUUCUUCAUACUUCUCCUGAAGUGUGCGUGUCCUUGUAUCUACAACAUGACGAUCACCACUACGAUGAUGAUGAGCUCUCCAGCUCCGAGCUGAGACCCCUGACACCAUCUCCUCCACAAAUCAGCACCUCAGACUACAGCACAGCACCGCACCAGGAACCCAGACCAGCCAAUCCCAGCAGCACAGCACCGCACCAGGAACCCAGCCCAGCCAAUCCCAGCAGCACAGCCCCAUACCAGGAACCCAGCCCAGCCAAUCCCAGCAGCACAGCACCGCACCAGGAACCCAGCCCAGCCAAUCCCAUCAGUAUAGCCCCGCACAGGAACCCAGCCCAGCCAAUCCCAGCAGCCCAGCAGCACAGCCCACAAUGGACCACAACCACCUACCACCCAGAGUGGGGAGACUGAAGAGGUGUAGGGUGAAGCUGCCCCGAGACGCUGAUCUUGGGUCAGCGUCUAGGGUUGUGCCUUUCAGAUUAUAAUACACAAGGUUAAAUGGACACGGGAGGCCUGAUCAUAGAUCACCACUCCCACGCUGAGACGCUUUAGUCGAAAGUUCCAGUACUCCCACGCUGAGUCGAAAGUUCCAGCACUCCCACGCUGAGUCGAAAGUUCCAGCUAGACUAUCAGAGGGCAAGGUAAAGUUAUUAUCAUAUUGCUUAAACCUAUCAAAUCAUUUCAGAUCGCAACAGAUGCCUAGAGGGAAGGGGCUAGUGAUCGUUUCUGGACAAGGAGCCUCUGUCUCCCCCUCCCUCUCUCCAGAUCACUGUCUCUACACUCUCUAUCUCCCUCUCUCCAGAUCACUGUCUCUACACUCUCUGUCUCCCUCUCUCCAGAUCACUGUCUCUACACUCUCUGUCUCCCUCUCUCCAGAUCACUGUCUCUACACUCUCUAUCUCCCUCCCUCUCUCCAGAUCACUGUCUCUACACUCUCUAUCUCCCUCUCUCCAGAUCACUGUCUCUACACUCUCUAUCUCCCUCCCUCGCCAGAUCACUGUCUCUACACUCUCUAUCUCCCUCUCUCCAGAUCACUGUCUCUACACUCUCUAUCUCCCUCUCUCUCCAGAUCACUGUCUCUACACUCUCUAUCUCCCUCUCUCCUCAGAUCACUGUCUCUACACUCUCUAUCUCCCUCUCUCCAGAUCACUGUCUCUACACUCUCUAUCUCCCCCAUCAUUAAAGUCCUAUUUUGGACAGGAAUAUGACGUUGUUUUAGAGCCCCUCCUAAACCCUAGCCUCAUAAGGAAGGUGACUUCCCCUCCUAAACCCUAGCCUCAUAAGGAAGGUGACUUCCUCUCCUAAACCCUAGCCUCAUAAGGAAGGUGACUUCCUCUCCUAAACCCUAGCCUCUGACUCAUAAGGAAAAUGACUUCCCCUCCUAAACCCUAGCCUCUGACUCAUAAGGAAAAUGACUUCCCCCUCCUAAACCCUAGCCUCAUAAGGAAAAUGACUUCCCCUCCUAAACCCUAGCCUCAUAAGGAAGGUGACUUCCUCUCCUAAACCCUAGCCUCAUAAGGAAGGUGACUUCCUCUCCUAAACCCUAGCCUCACAAGGAAGGUGACUUCCCCUCCUAAACCCUAGCCUCAUAAGGAAGGUGACUUCCUCUCCUAAACCCUAGCCUCAUAAGGAAGGUGACUUCCUCUCCUAAACCCUAGCCUCAUAAGGAAGGUGACUUCCUUUCCUAAA